GGCCGGGGGUGCGGGCUACUGGAUUCUCCCACUUCCCUUAGGUGGGUGCAGGGUCCUGCUCAAAAUCUCCGGACGCGUUUUGGUCUGAUUUGAGGAGAGGGGGCGGGGAGGAACCUGCGGCUUGCGGCCCCGCCCCCUUCUCCGGCUAGUCCGAGAGUGGAUAAGCCCGCCUCCUCCUUCGGCCGGCCGUGGGGCCGCGUUCCCGGGCAACUCGGCAACCGAGGCCUCGGCUUCUGACUGCAGGUAUCAGCGGCGAGACCCCAGGGUACAGCCCUGUUCGGCCCCAUGGUGGGUUUCGGGGCCAACCGGCGGGGUGGCCGCCUGCCCUCCCUCGUGCUGGUGGUGCUGCUGGUGGUGAUCGUCGUCCUCGCCUUCAACUACUGGAGCAUCUCCUCCCGCCACGUCUUGCUUCAGGAGGAGGUGGCCGAGCUGCAGGGCCAGGUUCAGCGCACUGAGGUAGCCCGCGGCCGUCUGGAGAAACGCAAUUCGGAUCUCCUGCUCUUGGUGGACACGCAUAAGAAACAGAUCGACCAGAAGGAGGCUGACUACGGCCGCCUCAGCAGCCGACUGCAGGUCAGGGAGGGCCUGGGGAAGAGAUGCGAGGAUGACAAGGUUAAACUACAGAACAACAUAUCAUAUCAGAUGGCAGACAUACAUCAUUUAAAGGAGCAACUUGCUGAGCUUCGUCAGGAGUUUCUUCGACAAGAAGACCAGCUUCAGGACUAUAGGAAGAAUAAUACUUACCUUGUGAAGAGGUUAGAAUAUGAAAGUUUUCAGUGUGGACAGCAGAUCAAGGAAUUAAGAGCACAACAUGAAGAAAAUAUUAAAAAGUUAGCAGACCAGUUUUUGCAGGAACAAAAGCAAGAGUCCCACAAGGUUCAAUCAAACGAUGGAAAAGAAUUGGGUGUAAGCGAUCAUGUAGUACCUAAAAAUAUUCCAAAAAUAGCUGAGAAUGCUGCAGAUAACAAUGAAGAGCCUUCAAGCAAUCAUAUUCUACAUGGGAAAGAACAAAUCAAACGAGGUGGUGAUGCAGGGAUGCCUGGAAUAGAAGAGAAUGACCUAGCAAAAGUUGAUGAUCUUCCUACUGCUUUAAAGAAGCCCCCUAUGUCAAUUUCUAAUCAUGAAAGUCAUCAAGCAAUCUCCCAUCUUUCAACUGGACAACCUCUCUCCCCAAAUAUGGUUCCAGAUUCACACAUAAACCACAAUGGAAACCCUGGUACUUCAAAACAGAACCCAUCUGAUCCUCUUCAGCAUUUAAUUCCAGGCCCAGACUUGGAGAGUGAACCCAGAAUUCAAACAGAUAUACUAAAGCAUGCUACCAAGGAUAGAGUUGGUGAUUUCCAUAAAUUGAAGCAAAGCCGAUUCUUUGAUGAAAAUGAAUCCCCUGUUGAUCCGCAGCAUGGCUCUAAACUGGCGGAUUAUAAUGGGGAUGAUGGUAACGUAGGUGAGUAUGAGGCAGACAAGCAGGCUGAGCUGGCUUACAAUGAGGAAGAAGAUGGUGAUGGUGGAGAGGAAGACGUCCAAGAUGAUGAAGAACGAGAGCUUCAAAUGGAUCCUGCAGAGUAUGGAAAGCAUCGUUUCAAUGAUGUCCUUUAAGUCCUAAAGGAAUACUUCAGAAAACCUAAAGUGCUGUAAAAUGGAAUCAUUUCUACUUUAUCAUUUUUGACUUUUGUUGUAAACAUCAGUUGUAUCAGUUGAUACACUGAGAUAGACUUAAGGAAAAACUUUGAUUGAGGAAUGUACCCAUGUACAUAUGUGAACAUUUUCAUAUUGUAUUAUCAAAGCAGAGACUUUUUUGGUUAUGAUACAGUUGAGCCAAAAACAGUUAAUCUUUGCAUUUAAAGCAAACUAAUGUAUAUUUCACAUUUUAUUGAGCCUAAUUCUUUCCACAGACAGACAAACAGGAGAAAAUGGUUGUACAGGUUAUAUGUUACAUAUAGCAUAACCACAGCGAGAACAGUUAUUCAGCUGAAAACUUUUUAUAUACUAAUAGUUUCUUGUUAGUCCAACAGGUGUUCUGUUCUAUCUGCUCAUUCCAUGCUCUUCAAGGAGUUAUGCCUAAAAUAGUAAAAUAAAGGAAGGGAAACUGGAAGCCAAACACCAGGCAAUAUGUGUACAAAAUCACCUCUCUACUCCUUUUAUUUUACAUGAGUGCUGGUGUGUUUUGGUGGAUAAACUUUCAGCUGAAGCCUAUGGAAGUUGAGAUAACCUGCAAAGAUAUAAUAUUUAUGAGUUAUACCUAACUUAGUUCUUGAAAUUAUGGAAUGCACAAUUGACAAUAUAUUUUCAAUUUUUAGUUUUUCAAGUAAAACCAAUACUGUUUAACUAUAGCAAGCACUAGCUAAAAUUUUUAUAUUUUCAGAAUUCAAGUUGGUGAAGAUAUUCAUGAUUUAAAUGUCAGAAUCUGAAAGGGACUAAAUCUACUUUGAAAUGAAUCCAUAGUCAGUAUUUCAAAGCUUUUCUGGUACUUUUAGUGAUCUUAUUUGACUAGACUUUUUCAGAAUUACUAAGUAAGGAAUUUUAACAGGUUUUUAUUAAUGCACAGAUAAAUAGAAAUACAGUAAGGUCUACAGCCAUUUUAUUAAAAUAGCUUAAAAGUUUGUAAUAAAAAUGAGUCUUUGUAAUUACUUAAUAUUUUAGUUAAGAACCCAUUGACCUCAUAUUUGCUAGACUUACAAAAUUAUUUAAAAUGCAUUUGUGUUUUCUGACACUAUUCAGUAGAAUGUGUAAGCUAGCUAAUCCUUGUUUUCUGACAUAAAGCACUUUUAAAUGUUAUCCUGCUCCCCCAAUACAAGAGGUUUGAUCACGAGGGGAAAUUUAAAGUGGUUAACCCCUGUUUUUCAGAAGGGCUACUGUUAAUUGCACAUAAACACGAAAUUUUUUUUCCCACACUUAUUAAGGUUCCAGUCAAAAAUCACACUUAUAGAGGUAAAGAAAUAGGAUGUUCACUUGUUGAGGUGCAAAAAUUCUUAGACUUCAGUUUGAAAUUAUUUAAUGACAAGGAAAAGAUGCAGUAAUUUAGAAAAAUUAUUUUUCUCAGAAUAUCAAAGUGAACAAUUCAUGCCUUUGUUAUGAAUUGGGUCAAGCCUACAAUGAACAGGUAUGAUGGUUCACAUGAUUUUAAAAAUAGAGUUAAAGGGAAGUGAUGUACAUUUUUGGGGCAUUAGAGUGGGGAGCUGAAUCUAAAAAUACUCCUAGUAAUACUUUAUUUAAUACUGUACAAUCUUUACAAAUGAAAACCAUGAAAUUACCUGCCUUAGUUCUUUUGUCAUAAAAACAAUCACUUGGUUAUAUGGUAGCUGUUACUUACACAGCAAAAUUUCUUCAAUUGUCAGCCUAGAUAUUUUAUAAACUGAGAAAUCUUGGACCAGUUGAUAAUAUUUCUGACUGUACUAAUAUUUUAGUACUAUAAAAUACUAUGUGAAUGUCUUAAAAUUCUGACAUUCUACAGUCUGUAUUAGACGUUGUUUUUAUAAUGUUUUACUUCUGCCUUAAGAUUUAGG